AUGCCACAGACAAACCAGACGGGCGAAGUCCUGGCGAUAUGGUAUGUGGCUACGACUGCACCGCUAUCAGCCCCGCUGCACAUUAAAUCCGACUCCCUAUAUGCAAUCGACGGGCUCACGAAACACCUGUCAGCAUGGGAGGAUAAAGGGUGGAUCGGAGUCUCGAACUCCGAUCUCUUUAGAGCCACGGCUGCUGCCCUCCGACGACGGGGAAGCACAACCACUUUCCAAUGGGUGAAGGGACACAGCGGGAUCGAAGGAAAUGAGGGCGCGGACCGCCUCGCGAGAGCAGGCGCUGAAGCGGACGCCGAUCCGACGCUCACGAUCCGCAUUCCUCCACGAUUCCACCUGACGGGCGCAAAACUGACUACAGCAACGCAAGCAAUUCUCACCCAGGAAAUUAAGCGCAGAUAUCAACAACCCCAGAGAACAGCGACGACCGUUAAUCUGGAUAUCGGGAGAUGGGCUGCGCAUGACCACCUCCGAGCCGGCCUCCCCACAGAUGCGAGGAUAUUCAAGGCUAUCCGGAGCAAGAACAUCACGAAAAAAGAAAGGAUCUUCUUGUACCGCUCUGUGCACAGCGGUUACAAAAUCGGAAAAUACUGGGACAACAUACCGGGAUACGAACAACGUGGGCGUUGUCCCCUAUGCGACGGCGAGGAGGAAUCCAUGCGACACAUUCUUGAAGACUGCCAGGCGCCCGAGAGAGAGCAAAUAUGGAACUUAGCCAGAGAACUAUGCGAGAAGAAAGGGCUUGUAUUGCCCCGAAUAACAAUAGGCACGGUAUUGACAAGUGGCCUAGCUAACUUCAAAACCGAACGGGGUAAACGCCGCCCAGGCGCGAACAGGUUCUUCCAGAUCCUAGUAACGAGUUCGGCACAUUUGAUAUGGGUGCUAAGGUGCGAACGGCGAAUAACCAGGGAAGACGGAGACAACUUCUCCGCACAAGAAAUCCACGACCGCUGGGUAACACGCAUGAACACUCGCCUAGAACUGGACAGAGUCGCCACGAGUAAAAGGCGGUUCGGUGCGAAAGCACUAAGGCCAAGUAUCGUCCUCCAGACAUGGGGCGGUACACUCCUAGAUGAGAAGAAUCUGCCGGAAGACUGGCUCCGGCAGUCUGGGGUUUUAGUGGGUAUUCCUUCCUGGCGUCCAGGGAGGAACCGUUGA